CAAGUUUACGAGUUGUCGUAAUAUUUAUUUUUUCAGAUGCUCGUCGAAUAUGUUAUAUGUUGAUCGAUUUUACGGCAAACGGUCUAAAAUCUGCACUGAGCGCCCGGGAGAGCGAGUACCUGUACGAGAAGAUUAAAUCCAAGUACGAUCGUAUUCGAUACGAGCAUUCGCUCGCUUCGCAGAAAUAUAUCUCGCCGGAAAUUCAAGUUGAGAACGAGCAUCCCAUCCAUCGACCCCACAAAAGUAUCUCCAAAAAAUCGAAAGUCUAUUUGGCCGAUGAUAUGAUGGGAAAUAAGGAGAGGAUAAGGAAAAAGCACAAGGAUCGAAUCACGUUGUCCAAGUCACGUCAUCUUCGCAGCAGUAUGAAAGAUAUCUCUAUGGGUGAUUGCGCGGAAAUCUCCAAACCGAUCUAUUUUUAUCCCGAAAAAUUGGACGAUUUUCAGAAAUACGUGAAGACAAGUUUGUCUGGUUUGAAACGCGAUAAGAAUUUAGAGAAUUACACGCUUUUGAUCAGUGGCAAUCCACAACAAAUGGCGAUAUUCGAUCAGAAGUUCGAUAAGGAAGACAUGGUGAUUGUUCAAGAUCCGUACAUGAAAGUGGAGUACAAGGAAUGCGGCACUUCCACCGACAAACUGUCGGCGAAAGUGGAAGCCUCAAGCUCGGACCAAGAGGGACCAACUAGAGAUCUUAACGAGAAUGUAAUGGAUACCCAAUAAAUUGAAGAAUUUAUACGA